GGCGGAAAAGUCCUGCCAGAGAUGUUCUAUGAGAAGAGAUCUUCCUCAGCUAAAUUGUAAACUCCUUUUCAGAGGUAGGUAUUAAUUUAGUAGUUCGUAGAUACACUUUAUUUACUGCGAUAAAGUCAGUUUCAGUCAAAAAAUAUUUAUCUUUUAACCAAUAUUGUCGUGUUUAACUGAAUGGCGAAAUAACGUGACGACCCGGAAGUGAAGUUCCCUCACCACAAAGUGAACUCUUGACCACCGACACCAAGAUGCCGGCAAUGGAAUAUAAUUGUGGCACCAGCAAUGUUGUGGACAUCAUUUGCAGGCUGAAUCCAGAUCUGUUAGCUGAACCAUGCCAGCACAUUCUGAGUUAUCUCCAAGGGCAGACCAAAGGAGUUGAUUCAGCUGUCAUUUUUGACGUAUUUCAGAGAGCGGGAGUCACACUCGAACACAAAUCUCUGCAGAGCAUCACCAGAUUCCUCUUGUUAACAUUCAGAUCUGCUGGGAAGAACAAACUGUCUCCAGACGACUUGGUGUCAAGGCUGGAAGAAAGCAGCAAGAAAUGGUCCACAGCGGCACUGCAGGUGCUUCGCAGCUUAUGGAGCCAGCAUGGAGAAUCGGUGCAGGUCCAGCAGGCCGUGCAGGACAUGCUCAGCGUGGGCCAGCUGGUGGACAUGCAGUGGAAGCUGGGCCUGGCAGUCAGUUCUGACACCUGCCGCUCUCUCAACUCGCCCUUUGUGACCAUCCUGUUGAAGAUCGCAGAGCCUUCGGGCCAGAUCAAUCAAAAGGCUUUCGAGAUGACCGUACCGCAAUUUCAGAACUUUCACAAGCAGAUGAAGGAGGUUGCUGCUGUUAUGGAGACUGUAUGAUGCUUCUCCAACCUCACGUUUCAGUGCUUUAUGGAUCGAAUGACUGUGACUGGCAACAUUCCACACUUGUUUACACUAUUCAGAGGAGAUUCGCCUUGUUUACCACAAUGAAUACACACCCCUCACAUUUCAGCAAGCAAAGGACAAACCCCUGGAUAUGCCUAUACAUGAGAGUAGUUAGUGUACAGCUUUAUGUAGCAGUAUUGACUUACUGUAUUAUUGUCACCUCACAGUUGUCAAUAAUGAAAUCAGAGUACUGCAGGAGGGGUCAUGAAUAUUUUGUUGGAUUGACUUUAAAAAUAUAUAUUUUUUUAUAGUAUCCAAACAAAUUUAAAGGGGAACAUUAUCACCAGACCUAUGUAAGCGUCAAUAUAUACCCUGAUGUUGCAGAAAAAAGACCAUAUGUUUUUUUAACCGAUUUCCGAACUCUGAAAGGGUGAAUUUGGCGAUUGAAACGCCUUUCAAUUGUUCGCUGUCGGAGCAAUGACCUUUCAUCCGUGACGUCACAACAGGAAGCAAUCCGGCAUUUUCUCAAACACAUUACACACACCAAGUCAAAUCAGCUCUGUUAUUUUCCCUUUUUUUGACUGUUUUCCGUACCUUGGAGACAUUAUGCCUCGUCGGUGUGUUGUCGGAGGUUACACCAUCAGGGACGGAUUCAAGUUGACUUGCGUGAAGUGUGCUAAUCAGACAUAUCAAUGGUCACGGCAUGCUAAUCGAUGCUAACAUGCUAUUUAGGCUAGCUGUAUGUACAUAUUGCAUCAUUAUGCCUCAUUUAAAUGAUAAAUGGGUUGUACUUGUAUAGCGCUUUUCUACCUUCAAGGUACUCAAAGCGCUUUGACAUUACUUCCACAUUUACCCAUUCACACACACAUUCACACGCUGAUGGAGGGAGCUGCCAUGCAAGGCGCCAACCAGCACCCAUCAGGAGCAAGGGUGAAGUGUCUUGCUCAGGACACAACGGAUGUGACGAGGUUGGUACUAGGUGGGAUUUGAACCAGGGACCCUCGGGUUGCGCACGGCCACUCUCCCACUGCGCCACGCCGUCCCUGUAGCUAUAUUUGCAUCCAGCCUUUCCCUCCACCCACAUUUAAUGCCAAACAAACACAUACCAAUCGGCGGAUUUAAGUUGCACCAGUGCUCAAAAGAUACGAAAGUCCCUCGAUUGUUCUGCACAGUUUACCGACGAUAGCAAUGCUACGACAGAUGGCACAGAGAUGUGUGGAUAUCCUGCGGCACUCAAAGCAGAUGCAAUUCCAACGAUAAAGUCAUCAAAAUCACAUAGGUGAGUUUUGUUGAUGUUAUUGACUUAUGUGCUAAUCAGACAUAUUUGCUCACGACAUGACUGCAAGCGAAUCGAUGCUAACAUGCUAUUUAGGCUUGUUGUAUGUACAUAUUGCAUCAUUAUGCCUCAUUUGUAUCCAGCUUUUCCCUUCACCCACAUUUAAUGCCAAACAAACACUUACCAAUCGACGGAUUCAAGUUGCACCAGUGGUCAAAAGGUGCAAUCGUUGGUUAGAAGGCGAUCGCCGAAUUUGUCCUCGUUGCCGCUGUCUGCCGUGAUAUGGCUCAAUAGCUUCAGUUUCUUCUUCAAUUUCGUUUUCGCUAUCUGCCUCCACACUCCAACCAUCCGUUUCAACACAUGUGUAAUCUGUUGAAUCGCUUAAGCCGCUGAAAUCCGAGUCUGAAGCCGAGCUAAUGUCGCUAUAUCUUGAGCAAGACACUUCACCCUUGCUCCUGAUGGGUGCCGGUUAGCGCCUUGCAUGGCAGCUCCUUCCAUCAGUGUGUGAAUGUGUGUGUGAAUGGGUAAAUGUGGAAGUAGUGUCAAAGCGCUUUGAGUACCUUGAAGGUAGAAAAGCACUAUACAAGUACAAGUACAACCCUCUUUCUGUUCUAUCUGCCAUGUUUGUUUGUAUUGGCAUCACGCAGUGAUGUCGCAGGAAAAUGGACGGUUGGAUAUAGCGAUGGUGAAAAUCAGGCACUGUGAAGCAGUUUUUUGGGAUAUUGCGUGAUGGGUCAAAUUUUUUAAAAAAAACUUCGAAAAAUAAAAUAAGCCACUGGGAGCUGUUUUUUAUUGGUUUUUAAGCCUUCUGAAAUUGUGAUAAUGUUCCCCUUUAAAUGCCUAUUAAUACACAUUAAUAUCGAUCCAACACACUAGUGUAGAUGAGAAAAGGUAGUAACAAGGCUACCCUACUCUGUCUUGCAGGUUUAACACAAAAAAAUAAAUAAUAUAUAAUACAUUUUAGCAUUAAAGAUAGCUAGUGGUUAGCGCAAUAACUGCCCCAUAGUAAUUAGCGUGCUAAUUGCCAGCUAGUGAAUAGCACUCUAGUGGCCAGCUAGUAAUUAGCGUGUUAGUUUCUAGUUAGCACUCUAGUUGUUAUCUACUAAUUAGCGUGCUAGCUAACAUUUAAUGUUUAGCGUGCUAGUGGCUUGGGUAGCGAUUAACAUGCCAGUUUUCAGAUUGUAAAUAGAGUGCUAGCUGCCACAUAGCGACAGGCAUGCUCGUAACCCUAUACUGUGUUAUUGAAACAGCUUAGUAUUGCGCAACAACAAGGUACAAGUUUAAUUGAAAGCAAGAAGUACCCCGUUCCAUCUGUGCGUCAGUUUGGGGGUCCUCUGCCUGGAAAACGUUAAAGAGCGCAAAGUUGAAUGGUUAGUGUGAGCACCACAGUUAUCGCCCACUGCGUUAAUCUUCUCGGGCGUGGAACUAUUUAGAGCGCCUCAGGUUGUUACUGGAAUCCUCUUUCACUUCACUUCUGAUGGUGACAACCUAACCUGUGCCGCUUGACGAUGCCCCGCAGGUGCGUUCAGGUGUGGAAGAGACAUAUUUGCUUACUGGAGGUCUGUUUGGGCUCCUGACCUUGUUGGAAAAAACUACCUGGCUUUACAAUACAAUUCAUAUUUCCCAUCAAUAAAACCGCAGCUCCCCAGUGCUAGCAGCCCUCUUGCGCGUGUCUUGACCGGCACCAUUAUCUUGCUACUCAUUGUAUUCAGUCAAUUAAGGCUGCAUGUUGACUUCUUUUUAGUGAAUGUAAGUAUACUAGUACACCAGUGACGUGCGGUGAGGUUUAAAGCUGGUGAGGCACUGACGUAAUCAGAAUCAGAUUUACAAAUAAACAGUAUGCGCUCUGUGCUGA